UGCAAGCAUAUGUGCAUGCCACAAGUGCCAAUGUCAGUUUAUCAUGAUAUCCGAAACCACCCAGAUAGACUUCUCUGGAUUUGAAUAUUCCACAUGGACUAAACGUACAAAGGCCAGAAAUCUGGGUUAUGCCAAUAAGUGGAAGGAAGCCAAAAAUGCAGCUGAGUAUACCCAACUUGAAAGACGCAAUGGUACUCAAUGGUCUCAACUUCAUUUGCUUACAUACUUUGAUCCUGUUUGGUGUACAAUCAUUGACCCUAUGCACAAUCUCUUUCUUGGAACUGCCAAGUGCAUGGUGCAGAUUUGGAAAGAGCUAGAGUACUUUGACAACCAAGCUCUGUUGGCCAUGCAAGAUCUGGCAAAUGGUGUUGUUGUUUCACCUGACUAUGCAUAUAUCAACAAAAAGAUAGCUGACAGAUUUUCUUCCAUAAAAGCUGACAAGUGGAAAUUGUGGUGCCUUAUUUACUCUCCUUUUGUUCUGAAGCACAUUCUUCUAGUGAAGCAUCUUUCCAACUGGAUGUUUUUUGUGAAUGCUUGCCAUUUACCCACAAAACCCUCUGUUACUUCUGAUAAAAUAUCCAGUGCCCACGCCCAUCUCCAAUUGUUCUGUAAAGGGUUUGAAAAGCUGUAUAAAGAAUUUCCUGUCACUCUAAACAUGCAUUUAC